GCCAACUUAGCAACUUAAGGAAGACCUUUUUUUUUUUUUUUUUUUUUUUUUUUUUUUUGGUCUUUUUCAGUACCAGGGAUCGAACUCACAACUGCCUGCUUGCAAGGCAGGUGCUUAUGCCGCUGAGCUAAAUCUCCAGUCCCCAGAAGACCUUAUUUCAAAAAUAUAUUUUUAAAAAGGGCUGGGGAUGUAGUUCAGUGUAAAGGCCCUAGUUCAAUCUCCAGUACCAUGAAAAAAAAAAAAACAAAAAAGCAUAUGGAGGAGGCCCAUUGGUGGUUAAAGAGACCAAACUGAUGUUAGACAGGGCAAAUGCAUUACUUGCUUGUUGAUCUGCUGCAUAAGUGGUUCGUCUUGGGUCACGCUUGUACAAAAGGAAUGAACCAGAAGGAGUAGGAAAAGACUGAAACCCACAUGGCCCUUACCUAGAAGCCAAACCAAGUCACACAAAUUAUUGAGAGAAGAGUAGUUAAUAUAAUUAAAACAGUCUCCUAUUGGAAAAGUAAUCACACAUACACAAAAUCUACCUGUAUGAUACUCCAUAAGUCUCCCUGUUUUGUUCUUUAACUGUUUCAUGUAUUUUCAUCCUUUAAAAAAAAAUUUAGACUCCCAUUCCCAACUUUUGAAAAUGAACUAAGCAUUGUAAGGGGAAGCUACUGCUGUUCCGCCACAAACACACCAAGUAAGUUUUUGUGUGAUGCUCCAGCCCUGUGCUCGUCUCCAGUACAUCCCCAUAGACACCUUACUUGCAAAGAAUCACACUCCGAUCUGGAGGUCGAGGCCUCAGACCUGCGGAACCUUAAAACUGCGGCCGCAGAGGAAUGAAGUCGGGACCGAAAAGAGGACUCCCUGUACACACCUGGUUUAAGACUUCCGCCCGGCAGAGGGCUGGCCUCCACCUUCUACACCCCGCCCCCCUAUAGUUCUGCGCAGGCUCUUAGAAGCGUUACCGUCUCUAUGGCUACCUGGUAGUGCCGAAAGAUGGAUACCACAGAGUCUACGCAGGGAUCCCAAGGAUCGGGAUCCGGAGCUUUGGACGACCAACCCAGCUCCGAAGGACUAUCUAUCUCAGAACCGUUUCUUUCUUCAGAUGUCGGUUCUAGGUCUGACCUAACAGCUGCAGCCGCAGCAGCUGCAGCGGCUGCAUCAGCUGCCUCAUCCAGUGCAGCCGCUUCUAUCAACAAAGCAGUUGCCUUAUGUUCAAAGACCCCAGAGUCCCAUUCUGAGUUCACAGAGCCCUCCUCUGACAGUCUUAGGGCGAAAUAUGCUGGAUCCCACCAGGCAGGUCUUGGGAGCCUUGACUUUGAGCCCGCCUAUGAUUCCAGUAUUACUGAGGAUCUCUAUAUUACACCUGACCUUAGCUCAGGCUCUGGCCAGGUAACUGACUCUAGCUCUAGAGGCCCUGCGCCUGUCUCCAGCAUUAAGCUUGGCAGUAGCUAUGUUCCUGGCUCUUGGCCUGGUCCUGGCAGUAGGUCUGUCCCUGGCUCUGGUUUAGGUCCUGGCCAUGACUCUGGUCAAGGCUCUUGGCCUGUCUCUGGGACUGGCCCAGGCUCUAGCCCUGGCCCUGAGGUUAGCCCCAGCACUCCUCAGAGGUUCAGAAAUCUCAAGUCAGAUCUGCUCUCUGAUAAUAUCUUCUGGAGUCACCACUGCCACUGGGAACCUCCGAAAGAACCAAGCUGGGAAUUUCUCAAAGUCUCAGAACCUGGUGCCCUAGGGCUACGGAAGCCCCAAGAUGUUGAAGGAAAGCCUCAGUUUCACUAUGGACCAUUAUCACGGGGGCGUUGCCUCCUCUACAACUGGGAAGAAGAGAGAGCCACCAAUCACCUGGAUCAAGUUCCAAGCUCGAAAGAUGGCUCUGAGAGUUACUUCUUCCGACAUGGGCACCAAGGAUUGCUGAGCAUACUACAGUCACCUGUGCCCUCCACCACCACCCAGAAAGAUUCAUACCAGCCUCCAAGAAACUUACGUCAGCCUCUUCGAGGGAAGCGAGAAGCCAUUCUGGAGAUGCUUCUGUACCACCAGAUUUGUAAAGAGGUACAGGCGGAGCAGGACCCCCCAAGGAAGCUCUUUGAGGUCCAGUCAGUGACACAUCAUGACUACCAAAUGAAACUGGCGCAAACAGGGCCUCCUGCCCCAACAAAGGUGAGAACCCAUCCAACCCCACUUGUUCAGCUGGGCUCUGACAGGUGGGCAAGCCCAGAAGUUGUUGUGAAUGAGGGCCAAAGGGCAGGAGUUAUGCAGAACUCUCUCCCUAACAGCCUCAUGACUACAGUCUGGAGCAGCCUGAAACCUUCUGGAUACAAAGGGCACCACAGCUACCGGGUGUCAGUUACAUCAGGACACUGGACACACCAUUCCGGAAGAACUGCAGCUUCUCCACACCGGUGCCCUUGUCUUUGGGACAGCCUUUGCCCUAUGAAUCCAACAGUUACCCCCAUCAAGUGGGUAAAAUGUCUUCCCUUGCCUGUCAGAGAGGAGGGCAGGGGUAUUGAUGAGAGAAUAGUUGCUGUCUAGUAGGUGAGGGGGAAACUGGGAUGUGGAGUUUGUAAUCUAUUUCUGUCUUUCCUAGAUAAGUGGCUGGGGAGGAACUUAAUUUUCUCUGUACUUGAGGAAAGGGCUUUACAUAAAUGGUUCUCCCUCAUCCCAAGACUGCUAA